AUGGCCGCCGCGCCGGUGGCGUCCCCCUUCCCCGCGCUCCCCUCGCCCUCCUCCCCCCUCAGCACGUCAACGCGCCGUCCUCACGGCCGCGCGUUCCCGCUGGCAGCAGCCGCCGCCUCGCCGCGCGAGCAGCAGCAGCAGCAGCGAAGCGCCAGGGCCGCGGCGGGCGCGGGGGAGAGCAGGCGGCGGCGGGAGGAGGAGCAGGCCGAGGCCGAGGCGGAGGAGUUCGAGCGGCAGCGGAAGGAGGAGGUGAACCGCAAGAUCGCCUCCCGGAAGGCGCUCUCCAUCAUCCUCCGGCGCGAGGCCACCAAGGCCGUCCUCGACAAGCGCGAGCCCGGCAAGGGCACCCGCCGCCUCCUCCCCCGCACCGUCCUCGAGGCCCUCCACGACCGUGUCGCCGCCCUCCGCUGGGAGUCCGCCCUCAAGGUGUUCGAGCUAAUGCGGGACCAGGUGUGGUACAGGCCGUACGUCGGGAUAUACAUCAAGCUCAUCACCAUGCUCGGCAAGUGCAAGCAGCCGGGGAAGGCGCACGAGCUGUUCCAGGCCAUGGUCGACGAGGGCUGCGCCCCCAACCUCGAGUCCUACACGGCCCUUGUCUCCGCGUACAGCAGGAGCGGCAGCUUCGGCAGGGCUUUCUCCUUGCUUGAUCAGAUGAAGGCCACCCCUGGUUGCCGGCCCGAUGUCCAGACAUACUCGAUCCUCAUCAAGUCCUGCUUGCACGCCUAUGACUUCGACAAGGUGAAGGACUUGCUGGAGGAUAUGGCGCGUGCGGGUAUCCGCCCCAACACCGUGACUUAUAACACUCUCAUUGAUGCUCAUGGGAAAGCAGGAAGGUUUGCUGAGAUGGAGUCAACUCUUCUUGAGAUGUUGUCUGAAGACUGCAAGCCUGAUGUGUGGACAAUGAAUUCUACUCUCAGAGCUUUUGGUAGCAGUGGUCAGAUUGAGACAAUGGAAAGCUGCUAUGAGAAGUUUCAGGCAUCUGGUAUCUCCCCAAACAUCAAGACCUACAACAUUUUACUUGAUUCAUAUGGUAAAGCCAAAAUGUAUGAGAAGAUGGGAGCAGUGAUGGAGUACAUGCAGAAGUAUUACUAUUCUUGGACAAUAGUCACAUACAACGUAGUUAUUGAUGCAUUCGGAAGGGCCGGCGAUCUUGAACAGAUGGAAUACAUCUUUAGACUGAUGAAAUCAGACCGUAUAAAGCCUAACUGUGUUACCCUCUGUUCAUUGAUUAGAGCAUAUGGAAGGGCUGAUCAAGUAAAGAAAAUAGACACAGUGUUAAGAGUUGUUGAGAAUUCAGACAUCACGUUGGAUAUUGUGUUUUUCAACUGUUUGGUGGACGCGUAUGGGAGGGUCGGGCGCUUGGCAGAGAUGUGGGAUGUUCUCAAUAUGAUGAAGGAAGAGCAAAUAAGACCAGACAAGGUAACCUGCACUACCAUGAUCAAAUGGUUUCUCAUCAAAGGGAUUGAUGAUCAUCGUGUUCAGUACCUACGUGACCUAAAAGAUGGGCGAUCUACAGACAAUAAGUAG